AUGUCGAAUGCUACUGCUACGCCAGAUGCUGCGCUGCUUGCCGCUUUCGAUCCAAAUGCCACCUUAGGAGCGCUGCAAGUCGGCUGUUUACUGUCCACUUUUCUAUUCGGCAUUGUCACUGUUCAGACGUUCAUGUACUACCAGACGGCACCGAAUGAUCGCUCGGUACUGAAGAUAUUGGUACGUGAAAUACCUUCACAGUGGCUGGAGCUAGGCCACACGAUCUGCGUGUGCCACACCCUCUAUAUAACAACCAUAACUGAUUAUGGGCACCCCGAGAGAUUAGUCAAGACACCCAUCAGCUUAAGUGUCUCUAUCCUUUUCAGUGGCAUUGUUGGCCCUCUCGUACAGUCAUUCUUUGCAUACCGGAUGUGGGUCAUAGCAGGAUCCCCAUACUUGCCCAUCUGUUGCUGGUCCCUUUCAGGCUUGAGGUUCAUCGGGAGUGUCAUCGCUGCAGCAGAAGCAUUCAGAAUGAAGAGCCUGUCUCAGUAUGAAAGCCAGUGGCAAUGGUUACUCACAGCCAUUCUUGCAGUUGGGGCUGCAAAUGAUGUGAUCAUUGCCUCAUCACUUUCCUAUGCAUUGAAUCGCCAGAGAAAUACAGUAAUGAGGGAGACUGUGGCCCUUGUGGAUAAAUUGGUCCUUUAUACCAUCCGUAAGUCAGUCUACACACUCUGUGUUGCUAAUUGGAUGUCAUGCAAUCUGCUCAUCCCAUCUUCAGUUGUCUGGCUGGCCAUCUUCAUGUUCCUAGCAAAAUGUGAGACACAUUUCUCAUUGGAUUGA